AUGUCGUCCAACACGUUUCAUAUACGGGUGCACGAAGACCGUACCAGAAGUGUUUUUGACAUGGACACACGGUUUUCGCCGUUCCCAAAUCAUGUAAAUGCACUAUCUGGUACGACACUUCGGCGCCCAUUUUUCUACUGUCCGGCCGUCCGUCACUAUUAUACCAUGUACCGCUAUAAUGCUGCUGGGAUCGUACCACCUAACCAGUACUGCCGUCUACCACACGACGACGGCUGCGAGGACGACGACGACGACAUCCUUCUCAAGCAGUUACUGUUUUGA